UUUUAAGUGCACAUGGCAAAAAUUGUUAUUUUGAUCACUUUAUUUAUCUUCGCCCAUGAUGUGUGUAGAGGAAUAUCCUUAAUGCAAGGUCGAGAAGCCAACUUAAUUUUUCCAUAUCCAUGUGAUAGUACAGAAGUAACAUUACAGCAAUCAAACAGACGGCCAUUUUAUAGUUUGACAGAUGGCCCAUCACUGUCUUUGCCUGAAAGUCAGGCUCAGAGAUUUGAGGUAAAGAAUGUUAUUAACAAUGGGAGCUGCUCUCUGAAUCUUACAAUAAGGGAUCUCAUGAUAGAUGAUCAAGGAACAUACUUCUUGUUUGUUUACAAGGAUGGUAACAUAAUAGGUGAUGAUAUACAUAGGAUAUACCUGAAGGUAGACUAUCCUCCUGAUAAAGCAAUUUGUGAUGUGGGUGAAGAUUAUGAUAGAGGAUGGGUAGCAGUAGACUGUUCAGCCAAUGCUAGAAGUAUUCCAGGAAAGAUUGAAUGCUAUCAAAAUGAUUUACGGAUGCCUAAAUUAACAGACCCUGCUCUGACAGGCUCUUUAUUGAAACAGUCUAUAAUCAUAAGAAAAUCAGAGCCACUGUUUUGUUGCUAUUCUGCUUUGAAUGUAAAUAAAUCAAGAUGUGAAUGUGAUGAUACUGUCUUGUUUCAAGAUGAAUACCAUUGGAAAGACCCAUGUCCUACCAUCACAGGACAAAUGUCAACAGAGUCUAUGUACCAGAAAGCAGAUCAUUCAAUGAUUAUAACGUCUUUGAACUCUGCAGACAACCCAUUAUCAUCAUCAACUAUCAUGACUAAUGCAAUGAAAAUAACCCGAAGUAAAGUAAUAAGAAUAUUAUUGUGUUCUGUUUAUAUCAUAUCUUCAGUCACACUAUUAAUAUUCAUCGUAAUUAAACCGGUGAUGAAGCAUAUUAUACGUCAUGUACGUAGUAAUAUUGCAUCAAAGUACCCAUUUACAACAAUGGAUAAUGGUAACGAUGGAGAAUGUGCUAAGGAGAAAUUGAAUCCAAAUCGAGAAUGUGCAAAUAUCUCUGGUAAAUUGAAAACAAUGGAUGUAUGA